CUCUGGAGGAUCACAGUCCAACAUCUUUACUGCACACAGCUGUAAAAAACACCAGAUUAGAUUGUUUUAUUCACAUUUAUCAGAGAUCUCAGGAGAGACUUUAUAUCAAACAGAGGAGGAGCAGAGGAGCAGAGGAGCAGAGGAGGCUCACAGUGACUCAGGAGGUGUUGGACUGUUUGUCUGAGCAGCACCUCUGCCCUCUCACUGUCACUCAGACUGGACUGAGCAUGGAUCAGAGAGAGACCAGAGAGGACGGAGCCCCUCCCUCUAUAAAAGCUCACAGACCUGCUCCUGGGGCCAGCGCCGUCUCAUUCAAGAGUGAUGAGUCUAUAGGACGAUGGAUUAAUUUUAAAAGAGAACAUGGUCCAGAGAUCCACCAGAAACAUCCUCCAUCUGAACCUGGUCCCAUCUGUGAGUCCCUCAGGAGUGACAUGUCUAUGGACCAUCCACUUAAUUUUGCCACAGAACCAGUGGAGCAGCAGGGUCCAGAGGUCUCCAGUGGUCAGCACCAUCAGACACAGCUGGACUCCAUAUUUAAGCUUCUGGAGGAGGACAUCUUCACUUUUGUCCAGAAGGAGCUGAAGAAGCUCCACAAGGUUCUGAGUACAGAUUACCCAGAAUGCUUAGAGCCAGAGGAGGAUGAAGAGCAGAGGAGCAGCAGUGAGGCUGUUCUGAAGAUCACACUGAACUUCCUGAGGAGGAUGAAGCAGAAGGAGCUGGCUGAGCGUCUGAGGAGCAGGAGUUAUUUUGGAAUUCAUCUUCGUAAACUGAAGUCUAACCUGCAGCAGAAGUUUGAGUGUGUGUUUGAGGGCAUCGCUAAAGCAGGAAACCCCACCCUUCUGAAUCAGAUCUACACAGAGCUCUACAUCACAGAGGGAGGGUCUUCAGAGGUCAACCAGGAACAUGAGGUCAGACACAUGGAAACAGCCUCCAGGAAACCAGACCCAGCAGAGACACCCAUCACAUGUGAAGACAUGUUUAAAGGCCCAGCUCACACACAUGGACCAAUCAGAACAGUGCUGACAAAGGGAGUGGCUGGCAUCGGGAAAACAGUGCUCACUCAGAAGUUCAGUCUGGACUGGGCUGAAGGCAAAGCCAACCAGGACAUACAGCUGCUGUUCCCGUUCACUUUCAGAGCACUCAAUGUGCUGAAGGAGAGAAGCUUCAGCUUGGUGACACUUGUUCAUCACUUCUUUAGUCAAACACAAACAGAACUCUGCAGCUUUGAACACCUCCAGGUGCUCUUCAUCUUUGACGGUCUGGACGAGUGCAGACUUCCUCUGGACUUCACCAAAACCAAGGCCCUGACCGACCCCACAGAGUCCGCCUCAGUGCACGUGCUGCUGGUAAACCUCAUCAGGGGGAGCCUGCUUCCCUCCGCUCGCCUCUGGAUAACCACACGACCUGCUGCGGCCAAUCAGAUCCCUGCUGAGUGCAUCUCCAUGGUGACAGAGGUCAGAGGGUUCACUGACCCGCAGAAGGAGCAGUACUUUAGGAAGAGGUUCAAGGAUAAGGCAGACACAAUCAUCUCCCACAUCAAGAUGUCCAGAAGCCUCCACAUCAUGUGCUACAUGCCAAUCUUCUGCUGGAUCGCUGCCACAGUCCUGGAGCAUGUGUUGAAAAGCAGAGAGAGAGGAGAGCUGCCCAAGACCCUGACUCAGAUGUACAUCCACUUCCUGGUGGUUCAGGCCAAAGUCAAGAACAUCAAGUAUGAAGAAGGAUCUGAGACAGACCCACACUGGAGUCCAGAGACCAGGAAGAUGGUGAAGUCUCUAGGAAAACUGGCCUUUGAGCAGCUGCAGAAAGGAAACCUGAUCUUCUAUGAGCAUGACCUGAGUGAGUGUGGACUGGACGCUGCAGCAGCCUCAGUGUACUCUGGAGUGUUCACACAGGUCUUUAGAGAGGAGCCAGGGCUGUACCAGGACAAGGUCUAUGGCUUCAUCCAUCUGAGUGUGCAGGAGUUUCUGGCUGCUCUUCAUGUCCACCAAACCUUCAUGAACAAAGGGAUCAAUCUGCUAGUAGAGAAAAGGUCUGCGAUCUCUCUGUUAAAGAAUCACAAAAUUUACAAAGAUUUGCUCAAAUUCUACCAGACAGCUGUGGACCAGGCCUUACAGAGUCCAAAUGGACACCUGGACCUGCUCCUUCGCUUCCUCCUGGGUCUUUCACUGUCGACCAAUCAAAGCCUUCUACAAGGUCUGUUGAAAGAGACAGGAAGUUGCUCCCUGACCAAUCAGGAAACAGCUGAGUACAUCAAGACGAAGCUGAGUGAGGAUGUGUCUGCAGAGAGGAGCAUCAACCUGCUCCACUGUCUGAAUGAACUGAAUGAUCGUUCUCUGGUGAAGCAGAUCCAACAGUAUCUGAGUUCAGGACGUCUGUCUGAAGAUGAACUGUCUCCUGCUCAGUGGUCAGCUCUGGCCUUCAUCUUACUCUCAUCAGAAGAAGACCUGGAGCAGUUUGAGCUGACGAAAUACUCUUCUUCAGAGGAGGCUUUCCUGAGGCUGCUGCCAGUGGUCAAGGCCUCCAACAAAGCUCUACUGAGCGGCUGUAACCUGUCAGAGAAAAGCUAUGAUGCUCUGUCCUCAGUCCUCAGCUCCCAGUCCUCUAGUCUGAGAGUCCUGGAUCUCAGUCUCAACGACUUGAAGGACUCUGAACUGGAGAUGUUGUCUGUUGGUCUGAGGAGUCCACAUUGUAAACUGGAACAGCUCAGACUUCGCCAGUGUGACCUGUCAGAGAGUAGCUGUGACGCUCUGUCCUCAGUCCUCAGCUCCCAGUCCUCUAGUCUGAGAGUUGUGGACCUCAGUUUCAACGACUUGAAGGACUCAGGGCUGAAGAUGUUGUCUGUUGGUCUGAAGAGUCCUCACUGUAAACUGGAUCAGCUCAGUCUGUCCCUCUGUGGACUGUCCCCUCACAGCUGUGGGCCUCUGGCCUCAGUCCUCAGCUCCUCCAGUCUCACACACCUGGAUCUCAGUCACAACGACCUCCAGGACUCAGGAGUGGAGCUGCUGUGUUCUGGACUGAAGAGCGCCCCCUGCAGACUGGAGACGCUCAGGCUGUCUGGAUGUCUGGUCUCACAGAGGGGCGGGGCUGCUCUGGCCUCAGCUCUGAGCUCCGCCCCCUCCCACCUGAGAGAGUUAGACCUGAGCUACAACCAUCCAGGACCCUCAGCCGAGCUCCUGACCGCUCUACAGGACCAGCGCCCCCUGCUGUCUGUCAGACUGAGUCCUGCUGGAGAACGAUGGAUGAAUCCGAUCUGGAGAUAUUUCUGUGAUCUCACUCUGGAUCCAAACACAGCUCACAGAAAACUCAAACUGUCUGACAACAACAAGAAGGUGACAUGUGUGACAGAGGAGCAGCCGUAUCCAGAUCAUCAGGACAGAUUUGAGAUCAGGCCUCAGAUUCUGUGUUCCACUGGUCUGACUGGUCGCUGUUACUGGGAGGUCCAGUGGAGAGGAGAUGUUUGUAUAUCAGUGUCUUACAGAGGAAUCAGAAGGAAAGGGGACAGUGAUGACAGUGAGUUUGGAGGCAAUGAUCAGUCCUGGAGUCUGGAGUGUUCUGCAGGUGGUUUCUCUGUUUAUCAUAAUAACAAACGCACCUCCCUCCCUCAGUCCUGCCCGUCCUCUUCUGGGACAGUCUCAGUGUUUGUGGACUGUCCUGCUGGCUCUCUGUCCUUCUACACAGUCUCCUCUGACCAACUGACCCACCUCCACACCUUCAACACCACAUUCACUCACACUCUGAUCCCUGGGUUUGAGGUCUGGUCUGAAAACUCCUCAGUGUCUCUGUGUCCGACAGACUCACCCUCCUCUGUGUAAAAUACAACAGUCAAAUCUGUAGAAAAAUCACUUUGUAAAUGUUGAUUUUAUUUUGACUUCAUUUGACCAGAGAUUUAUUUUAUAAUGUUUUAUUUCCUCUCAAAGACAAAAAAAAAGUUUAAAAAUGUACUGAAAGAGUAAAAAGUAAAAGUAUUUGUUUCAGAUUUUCAGAUCUAUUAAAGCUUCAAAUGUGGUGAUUUUGAUAAAGAUUUGAGCUGAAUUUAGUUUUUAUUUGUAUAUUUUUGUUUGUUCAAAUUCUGAACGUGUUAAAAAUAAACCCUCAGCCUUUUCAGCAGGUCUCACACAAUCAGAAAAAAUACUUUUACUUUUCAGUCCUGUUCAAAAAUGUAGUGGAGUAGAAAGUACAGAUACUGCUCUCAAAUGUACUGAAGUAAAAGUAAAAA